CCUUUGAAAACCUGUAUCCGGUCUUUUUCGUCGUCGUGCUGAAAACAUUGGCAUGAGUACCCUGCGAUUGCAGAAGAGGUUGGCGGCCACCGUUUUGAAAUGCGGUAAAAACAAAAUUUGGCUUGAUCCUAAUGAAACGAACGAAAUUUCCAACGCAAACUCUCGACAAAACGUUCGUAAAUUAGUUAAGGAUGGUCUGAUUAUUCGCAAGCCUGUCGCAGUUCAUAGUCGGGCCCGAGUUCGUAGAAACGCUGAAGCUCGCAGAAAAGGCCGACACUGUGGAACCGGAAAGAGAAAGGGUACGGCUAACGCUCGUAUGCCUGAGAAGAUUCUUUGGAUGAGAAGAAUGCGAGUAUUGAGACGUUUGUUGAAGAGAUACAGAGAUUCUAAAAAAAUUGAUAGACAUCUCUACCAUGUUCUCUAUUUGAAGUGCAAGGGUAACGUCUUUAAAAAUAAGCGUGUGUUGAUGGAACACAUCCAUAAAAAGAAGGCGGAACGUGCCAGAAGCAAACUUUUGGCUGAUCAAGCUGAAGCCAGAAGACACAAGGUUAAGGAAGCUAGAAAGAGACGAGAGCAGAGAAUUGCUGAUAAGAAGCAAGAACAGUUGAGGCUCUACAGCAAGGAAGAUUCCGCAACCAGUAAAAAAUAA